UGGGGGGCGCCAGUCCUUCAGCGCACACGAUUGUUUCAGUUAAGCCGUGAUGCUUGCAAGCUUAUACCUUUCCACCCGCCGGAGUAGAUCGAACGACUGUAAAACAGACGAGACCCUCCGCUACUUCCACUUACUUGCAAUCGAGCUUUUUCAAAAUGGCGGCGACUUCCUCCAUCCAGCCGCCGAUCGUGCAUGCGUUAAUGCAGGAAAAUGCACUGCUUCGAAACUCCGACAGCCCUGCCGAGAAUCGACAGGAUGAAUCCACGGCAUCCGAGGGACUGACCCUGCGAUCGCUGCACCAUCUCCCGCCAGAGGAAAUCAACAGAAGGCUGGAAAAAACUCACAGGGAGCUAAGCAACAGGAGAAAAAUCUUGAUCAAGAACCUACCUCAAGACACAACUAGUCAGGAGGUCCAUGAUGUCUUGAGAUCAUAUGAGCUGAAGUACUGUUAUGUGGACAAAAACAAAGGAACAGCUUUCGUGACGCUGCUGAACGGCGAACAGGCCCAGGACGCCAUCCGCUCCUUCCACCAGCGCAGCGUGCGCGGCCGCGAGCUCACCGUGCAGCUGCAGCCCACCGACGCGCUGCUCUGCAUCACCAACCUGCCGCACGCAUUCAGCGCCGCCCAGUUUGAGGAGCUGGUGCGGGCCCAUGGCAACACAGAGCGCUGCUUCCUGGUGUACAGCGAGCGCACGGGCUACUCAAAGGGCUAUGGCUUCGUGGAGUACAUGAAGAAGGACUCCGCGUCACGGGCACGCUCCGAGCUGCUGGGCCGCCUGUUGGCCGACCGCGCGCUCAUGGUCCAGUGGGCCGACAUCAACCAAUUAACCGCCGCCCACCUGCACUCCAAGUGCCUCUGCGUGGACAAGCUGCCCCCGGACUUCUGCAACGCCGAGAAGCUUGCCCAGAUCCUUGGCAAGCGCCAUAGCCCCGUCUUCUGCCAGCUGGCUCAGGACGAAGGGAGCCACGUGAGGGGAUUCGCCGUGGUGGAGUAUGAGACUGCAGAGCAGGCCGAAGACGUGCUGAUGGAUAUGGACCGGCAGCUGCUCGGGGGCCAUGAGAUCCGCGUGUCCUUCUGCGCCCCCGGCACGUCAGGCCGCAGCACCCUGGCUGCUCUGAUAGCUGCACAGGGCGUGAUGUCCAAUAGCAGGAGAGGCCUGCUUCCCGAACCCAGCCCAGCCCAGUUGCUGGGCAGCAUGAACAACCCAGCUGCCCUGCAGGUUCUGCUCCGACCGUACCUGACCGGGGUCAAACACACAGGGAAGUUUGCGCAGCUGCAAGGCCUGCCCUUUCUGCGGCCUCCGUUCACAUCAGCACUGGUCCAGUUGGGAAAGGUUCAGCAGAAUGCCUUGCUGGGGAACAGUCUGAUGCUACAGAAUCUGCUUCAGAUGCAGCUGGCCCAGCAGCAGUUGGUGCCGAUCAAAGAGAAGCCCGUCAGCAGCGUUGUCUCACAACCCUCAGUCCCCAGCCUUCUGGGGGACCCCUCGAGAGCGCUGCUGCAGAAAGCCAUGGACCUGAUGUCCCCAGGCAAGGGCCUGCUGGGAGACUGCCCUACUGACCCAUCUCAGGAUGGAGCACACGCUGCUGCCAAAUCCUCAAGUUGUGGCUCGGGGCUUGUGCCCUACCCCCCCGGCAGGCAGAUCCUGGGCUUACCAGCCGGGGGUGAGCCAGACGGACCCCUCAUCACCGAUAAGCCGCCUUCUGGCCCCAGGGCCACGAAGCCCAUGGCCUCAGCCCUGCAGCACGCCCGCAGGAACUCCACGCUGGCUCCCAAGCCAGCAAGCACCAACGAGAACAGCACUACGGGGACGGCUGGCGACUCGGUCUCUGUUGCACCCUCCACCCUGCAGGCUCUGGCCGCCAACCAUACCUCACUGCUGGGGGAGCCACCUAAGGAACUGAAGAUCCCCACCAACCCGUACCUGAACUUGGCCAGUGUGCUCCCAGGCAUCAUUCUGCAAGCCCCUGCCAGCGGAAAAACAACGAGCGUAGCGCUGCAUGGCAAUGCGUUCGCUGGUGGGCUGGCGCUAGCGCCCAAACUCACCCCACCACUCUCAACGGCCCUGUACGGCACAGACACCCCCAUGGACUACAUGUCACAGUACGGUCCACAGUACUCCCAGGAAGCCAUUCAGCAGUGGUACCAGAACUACCAAGCCCAGGCCUACAGCGGUGCCCCCCAGGACAGCGACUAUGGGAAGCAGCAGGAGCGGGAUGUUGGCACCACGUCGUAUGGGGAUUAUGGCGCAUACAUGCAGACCAUCAAUCAGUGCUACUCACACACACACAUGUCCGUGCAGGACUUCCCUCACAGGGACACCACCAAGGAGGCUGAUUUGUCCAAAACCUCGAUGACCAACACGCUGCAGUCUGUCGGUAACGGCAGUGCUCCGUACAAUGCUGUGCCCGUUAUGCCAACCUACGGGGGUAUUCAGCACAUCACUCCAGCAUCAGUCGCGUUAUCCCACUCAGCACAGGCUACCGCAGACUGGAGUCAGUACUACUAUAACCAGAGUCAGACACGGGCACUCAAGCGGGACUUUCCAACUCUGCAGGAAGGACCUCCAGACAGGCCCCUUGUAGGGCAGCCCUCCCGGGGCUCGGGAGCCCUCUAUGCAGACCAGCACAAGAAGAAGAGGAUAUAGUCGAUCCUUCUGGUAGCUUGAGCCAUCUAUGUGCUGUCGGUACUCGCUCCCUCUGCUUACUCCGGGCCUUUCUCAUGGUCUCCUCUUUACACGCUUUAACGUUUAAUAGUAUAUAAUUGUGUAUAAUGCUCUCUUUGUGUUUGUGAACCUGCAGUCUUCCUGUGGGAUGUGUGUCCAUGUCCUUUCCUCUUCCCAGGAAUGUUUUCAUUUUCUUCCUAAAGGGAAAUAAAAAGUCCCUAAUAAGAAUGUAACUUUUUUUAUUAUUUAAUGUAAUUAUAAAGCACUGGUAUCCCUUGACAAUUUUCCGCCUUAGAUUAUAUUUGAACAAAAUCCUUUAAUGUGUUUCCUCCGUAAUUAUGACACCGUUGCUCAGCCGCAAUGACUUGAUGAGCAUCGAGAAAGGCUGCUUCCGUUCAAAGCUGGUGUUCUAAGACCAAGAAAUAACAGGAUUGGUGACAUCUUCAGUGGGGACCUUCACAGGUUAAAGGUUUUGUGGGGACGUCGGAGCUCUGCUUUCCCCAUAAACCUGCCUGCUGAGGGACAGACUGCCCCCUUUUUACAGCACUUUAGCAUUGAGGUUCUCUGGUGACAUCCUCAAGUUCACUUUGGGUGAGUUUGAAAUCUGAAAAUGUGAUACAAUUUGAUGUCUAUGGAGCAUUUUCUACCUGCUCAAACCUCCAGUCACAUUUGUAAUCUAACUAUAUUAAAAAUACAGUACUAUUGUA